GUUGGAUUAUUUUUCUUACUUUAUUCACUUUCUUUCUAUAGCAAGAAACCUUCUUAUUCUCUCUAUCUCAUUCCCUUUAAUCAAUUCUUUCUCUCUAUCUCCUAUUCCCAAUUCCAAACCUUUGUUCUUGUUUGAUUCCUUAUCUUUUGCCCUUUCACUGUUUUCCCAGGUUAAAGCUAUUCAAACUGACACAAAAUGGAAUCCAAAUGAUUGAUUUUUAGCACAAAACCUUGUGAUUUAGUAGGGUUUAUGCUUUACCCUUCUUAAAGUUUCAUCUUUUCUAUAUUUUCUUGAAAUUCGAUUGCUUAAUUUUCUCUUUCUUUGUCGUUCUUGAGUCAAAUCUGUUGAACUGACAAAAACCCUUUGACAAAAUGAUUGGUUUUUAGUGGAAAUCUUGUCAGAUUCAAUCUGGGUUGUUGUCUUGAUAUAUUAGGGUUCACACUAUACCCCUUGAAAAAGCUUCAUCUUUUUCAAAUUUUCUUGAAAAUUUAAAGUAAAGUUUUAAUGGCUGCUGAAGAACUGAUUGAAGUCAAGUUCAGGUUACCUGAUGGCAGUGAUAUUCCACCAAGCAAAUACAAUUCCACAACCACUGUCGCAUAUCUCAAAGAGAGAAUCAUUUCACAAUGGCCUAAAGAAAUAGGAAAUGGGCCAAAAACAGUAAACGAUAUGAAGCUCAUAAACGCAGGAAAGAUUCUGGAGAACAACAAAACGCUUGCUGAAUCUCGAUCUCCUGUAGGCGAAGUUCCCGGAGGUGUCAUCACUAUGCAUGUUGUUGUUCGUCCUCCAUUGUCAGACAAAAACAGCGAAAAAUCGCAAAAUGCCCCUGAAAAGAGCAGUUGUUCAUGCACAAUCCUGUGAUCAAGGUGGCAAUUUGAUCAAGUUUAUGCCUUUGAUAGAUGUUCUUUUUCGCACAUUUCAAGAUUCAAGAUGAAAGCAGAUGUGGUUGUAUGU